AUGUCCGGCCGGAAGCUCGGCGGUGGUCGCAUCCUAGGCAGCGGCAAGGGCCUUGCGCCGCCUUCCGUUGCCCCUCGUGCCUCCAGCCCAUUGGCACCGUCCGAAAGCACUGUCUCGAUUGGUUCCUCAUCGCUGUCGCCGCCCAUAAGCGGCAGUUUACCGGAGAUUGGCCAUGACAUCGGAUCCAGCAUCAGCGUCGGCGCGCAGCCCAAGGCCGGGCUAUCCAGCGAUGGUGGCCUUGUUUGUCCGAUUUGCAACGAGGAGAUGGUCACUCUAUUACAGCUCAAUCGACACAUCGACGACAAUCACCAAGAACUACCCGCCGAGGAGCAAGACGAAGUGAAAACAUGGUUCGACAAGCAGGUGCUAAAGGCGAAACGCUUUCAACCGCUGUCCCUGAUUAACCAAAAGCUUCGAGGCUUGGAAGUGUUCGAAUCCAACGAGACGGUUCAGCCCAUUCAACCGGUCUCGCAUACUCCUGGGAAGUCGCAGGAAGUCCACAUUGAUCCCGAGGAGCUCAUCACCAGGUUCCACUGGCAGCGAUCAACAGGGCAUGAUCGGUGUACCGAUCCCACCUGUGGAAAGAAUCUCGGGGCUAUGAAUGGUAGCAUCAAUUGUCGAAAAUGUGGGCGAUUGUUCUGCGGAGAACAUACCAUGUACCAAAUGAAAUUAAGUCGGAGCGCGGAACACGAACCUGUCCGCGGUGUUUGGGCCCGUGUCUGCGAAACUUGCUACAAGUCUCGAGAUGGAUACAACGACCACACAGGGGUCUCAAAGGACCACACAACUGCUUUCUCGGAAAUUCGAAGAAAGCGUGUUGAGCGACAAAAGCUCGAAGUCUCUCGACUGGAGAAGCGACUGACCAAACUGACCAGAUUACUGGUCGAUCCAUCUGAUAAACCAAACGGCUCUAUACUGUCGCCAGUCAGCCAGUUGACGGGACAAAAUAAUCAAAGAAAAGCAAUUGAACAAUCUGUCGUGCCUUGGGAGGACGAUGAAGCCGUAUCAAAGUGCCCAUUCUGUCAACAAGAAUUUGGCACCUGGACAUUUAGAAGACACCACUGUCGCAUAUGUGGUCGAGUAGUUUGUGCCGACAUACAGACGGGUUGUUCGUUCGAAGUCAGUCUUGAAGUUGCACCACGUGAGUACACCCGACAACGACACCCUUUUCCAGUUAGAGAGCAGGUCCUGACAUAUGCAGCCUCACAACAACCUACUGAGAAACCAGCUCCCGCGACGGGCCUCGUCAAGGUCGACAUUCGUAUGUGUCAGGACUGUAACCACACGAUAUUCUCUGGUAGAGAUUUCAACGCCUCAUUAGAAUUAAAACCCGCAGAUCAGCGAGCGUAUGAGACCCUACGGCAGUUUGAGCGAGGCAUCCGUCAGCUUCUGCCAUCAUUUCACCGCGUUCUGUUGGCGCUGCAGCCGGACAAGCUAGAAUCUGGCGAAGUUGAUCUGAAUAAGCCGCCGCCUACGCGGGCGCAGAUCCAAGAAGCAAGUAAAAUCAGAAAACGUCUGAUUGACAGUUUCGGGAAAUACGGCAUCGCCGCGAAGCGUAUUAGAGACUUGCCGACGCAGAGCCCAACACAACAACGGUUGCAAACGGCCAUCUACACAUACGCGAGCACCUUUUUGCACACUAAUAUGCUGCCGCUAAAGAGUCUUCCGCAGCUCCUGCGCAACCAAUCGUCCCGAUCCGCGCGGUCCACGCCGCACCUCUCCGUGCACUCCGCCUCCUCAGGCCUGCGACACACGGAGCUCGCCGAGUCUGACACCGCUUCGCAGGCUGCCAGCGAAGCAAGCACCGUCGUCAGCCAGCUCGAGACGGAAGAAAAGGGUCUGCGCGAAGGCCUCGCCGUACUGGAGGAACAGCGCUUCAUGGUGGAGGAGAUGUUGCGGGCAGCCACACGCGCGCGGCGCUUCGAGGAGAUUUCUGCAUUGAACCGCAACAUGGACGAGCUGGAGGCGGAGAUCACUGCGCUCAAGGGCAAAAUUACGAGCGUGGAAUCUAGAUGGGAAGGCGUAUAUCGGGACGGACUAGCUUCGUGA